GGUUCGGAGCGUGCGGCGGUAAUCGCGCGCACCCACAGUCGAAGCGAUGGCUGCGAACGGGUCGGCGGCUACUGAGCCGCGGUUGUGCCACGUGCGGAAGGUGCCUAAUUUCGAUGGAUACGGAUUCAACUUACAUGCGGAGAAGGGCAAGCCCGGUCAGUACAUAGGCAAAGUCGACGAGGGUUCCCCGGCCGAGGCGGCCGGACUUCGCCGCGGUGACCGCAUCCUUGAAGUCAACGGGCAGAGCAUCGCUGGAGAGACACACAAGCAAGUGGUAGCGCGGAUCAAGCAACGGCCUGAUGAAGCAGAGCUACUCGUAGUAGCACCGGCUCCGGGCGAACCCGUUCCCGACCUAGACGCCCCGGAGCGCCCGGCCUCCGCGGGCUCGCUGUCCACGCAGUCCGCGAAUGCCUCGUCAUCGGGGAGCGCGAACGACUCCCCGACCACUGACCGCAACGACUCGCCCUCAGCGGAGCCGCCGCGUCUCAACUUGCCUAUGACGGCCGCGGAGAUGCGCGCCCAGCUAGCCGCGAAGAAGAAGGUCGAUCCUAAGAAGGUUCCCAUGGACCUUAAGUCCAAGUUUGACAUCGUGAAGAAACUGUGAGGUGCUAGACGCGAGUGACGUGCAGGGUGCAGUGCGCGGGCAGGUGCGCUCCCCGCGCCGCUUAUCGCCGCGCGGUGACAUCCAAACUCGAUUUCGACGAGAACCGUCGUCGAAUUCGUGUUUCGUUCGCGAUCGUGUUCAAAGUACAACGAGUCAGUGUCAGCCGCCGCCGCCGCGCCCGACGAGUGUAACAUAUCGUGCCUUUCAUAUAUUGCCAUUGAAUGUUGUAUAUAGGUACUGCGCUUUAGUGAGGAAUAUAAUGAAAUUUAAUAUUAUUUUAUUGUAAUUUAAGAGGAGAAUCGAUUUUUAUGAAAUGAUUAUCUAAAUGUGUAGUUAGUUUUAAAUUCAUAAUAAGUGCAAUUAUUGUUGAGUGAUCAAUAAAGAAAGUUUAAAAUGA